AUGGAUUUAAAACUUCUCGGCCCCAAAAAUGAUAUCAGAUGUUUGAAAGUACAAACAGUUGCUUCGUUUUGUAAUAUAAAACUAAAUAUGCCAGCAUUCGAAAUCGGAAUAGAUGAUAAUAAAGAUGAAUUUGUAAAAGAGUCGCCAAUGAAAAGAUUACCAGUUUUAAUAACACCCCAAGGAAGUUUAUUUGAAAGCAAUGCUAUAGGAAAAUAUUUAUGCAGUAUAAGGAAAGAACAUAAUUUAUUGGGAUGUGGAUGUUUCGAAGAAGGGCAAGUAAAUAUGUGGAUAGAUUUUUGUACAUUUGAAUUAGAAAUUCCAGUAUGCUGUUAUAUUAGUAAUAAAUCUAAUGAUAAAUCAUUAAAACAUAUUCAAGAUACAUUUAGUUGUUUAAAUAAACAUUUAUUAUUAAACCAAUAUAUGGUAGGUAAUAAGAUAACUAUUGUUGAUAUUUUUAUGUCUGUAAUUAUAAAUUUUUGUAUAAAAUCUGGAAAAAUGACUGAAGAUUUUUUGAAAAAAUAUGGAAACUUAUACAGAUUAUAUACAACUAUAAUAAAUCAGAAACAAUUUAAAUAUGUUAUGGGUUCAGGACCAGUUGGAAAUAAUAAAAAAACACCUGUACAACCAAAACAAACAAAUAAUAAUAAAGAAAAGAAAAAACCAAAAGAAGAUGCAGAUGAUGAUAUUGAUUUAUUUAGUGAUGAUGGUCUUAAUGAAAAAAAAACAAAAAAAACAAAUCCAUUAGAUUUAUUACCACCAUCAAAAUUCUCUUUAGAUAAUUGGAAAUAUAAAUUUAGUAAUGAAAAAGAUUUAUUAAAAAAUGCAAUGCCUACAUUUUGGGAAACUUAUGAUAAUAAUGGUUUUUCAUUAUAUUAUAUGAAAUAUGAUAAAUUAGAAGAUGAAUGUCAAAUAUCUUUUGUUGCUUGUAAUAUGGCUAGUGGAUUUUUACAAAGAUUAGAAAAUAACUUCUCAAAAUAUUCAUUUGCAGUUAUAUCAGUUUUAGGUGAAAAUAAAAAUUAUGAUAUUGAAGGUGUUUGGUUAUUUAGAGGUACCGAAAUUCCUUUUGAAAUGAAAGACCACCCAUCAUUUGAAUAUCAUAUUUUUAAAAAAUUAGAUAUUAAUAAUAGUGAUGAUAAAAAACUUGUUGAAGAUUACUGGUGUUCAAAAGAAGUUAUUUCAAAUAGACCUGUUUGUGAUAGAAAGGUUUGGAAAUGA